AUGGUCAACUGGAAGGCUCCGGAGUCGACCGAUCGGCUCCUCGCAUCGUUGAUUGUGGCCCACCCCGGCCUGAAGCUGGAUUAUAAGGCUAUGGCAACAGCUUUCGGGCAGGGCGCAAGCUACGACUCCAUCGAAGGCCGCUUCCGGAAAUGGCGUAAAAUGGCCGACGAGCUUCGCGGCGAGCUGGAUUCGCGAGGCAUCAAUUUCACCGAGCUGCGGGCUCGCAACAGCUCGUCUGGCAUCUUGACCCCGCGGACCCCUCGAGGACCCCGCAACGGCGUGACAAAGGCCAGCCAGCCCGCUCCAUCAUCGUCCCGCGCUCGCAGAGACAGCCGUACUAUCUCGCAGAAGACGCCGACCAGGCCCGCGAAGGGCGGUAGCAGUACCCGUACCCCUACCAUCCAUGGCGGCUCGCUCGUGCAGGCGAUCUUUGUAGAAGAUAGCACCGAGGAAGAGGACAAGAAGGAUCUGACGUUCAAGCGCGAGAGUAGCGAAGCAGUGCCCUACGGGCUCAUCACCCCAGUCAAGGAGCCCAACGACCUCAUGAUCGUGGACUCUCCUGCCACCGGUGGUCCUGGUGUCUCUGCACUCAGUUCCACUAGACAUGGCAACGCCCGGUCGGAAAAGAGCGCGCAGAAGGCCCUUAUGCCUGCCCUGCCGACCAUCUCUGGCUUCGAGCACGGCGGCCAUGCGUCGUCAUCCAGUGUCGGUCUUCAUCACUCCUCCGGUUUCCAUCCCAUGGAUGACAUCCAGCAGCGGUUACACGGUCAUGUUUUUGCGUUCGAUCAUCUGUUGGACUCGGUCCCGUCUGGGUCGUAUCUUGGUGGUGAUGUCGUUUAG